AUGCAGUUUUCUGAAGUGGAAAUUCCGGUUCCUUGGGGUUUCAUUUCGGGUCGAUGGUAUGGUAACCAAGAAGUGAGACCCAUCCUGGCGAUCCACGGUUGGUUGGACAACUUGGGAACCUUUGAUAGACUGAUUCCCCUGCUCCCAGAUUAUAUAGGAGUUCUGUGCAUCGAUCUUCCCGGUCAUGGACGCUCCUCGCACCUGCCGCCGGGAAUUAACUACGGUGUCUAUGACUUGGUUUACAUCAUUCCCUGUGUGGUUAAACAUUUUGGUUGGAACAAGGUGUCCCUACUGGGGCACUCUCUGGGUGGCAUUAUGAGCUUUGCAUACGCGGCAAUGGCUCCGGACACGGUGGACAUGGUUAUUUCCCUGGACGUACUGCUGCCCAUGAGAGUGGAAAAUAGUUUGGCAAUUGAAAUGUUUUCCAGCAAUCAGGAAAAGCUAUUGGUUGAGGACGACCGGAGAAGGCUGGCGGAUAAAGAUAAGAAACCGCCAAGCUACACUCUUGCCCAAAUGAGUAGGAACAUUGCUGUAGCAAGCUUGGACUCUGUAACUGAGGAUUUGGCCCACCAUCUGCUCCACCGUCAGGUGAUGAAGUCACAGAAUUAUUCCGAUCCGGAUAAAUUCUAUUUCUCCAGGGAUGGAAGAGUUAAGUAUUUUAGUUAUUGGGAUAUCGAUACGGGACUUGGCGUCGAGAUGGCAAGGCGUAUUGGAAAUAAGCCCUACCUCAUCCUGAAGGGAACUGAGUCCUUAUACUUGCAACCUCGCAGCGACGAGGUUAUUUCCAUUCUUGCCAAUGGGAAUCCUCACUUUGAGUUCCACAAAAUUGAAGGUGGCACUCAUCAUCUACACUUGCAGUCUGCGGAGGAGUGUGCCCGAUACAUUGUUCCCUUUAUCCAGCGUUAUCGUCCUCAAGAGGAUCAAUCUAAUCGGGAAAAUAAUAUCAGUUUCCAAGAACAACCUAGCAAACUGUGA